UGAUAUAAUUUUUAGUUUGUACUGUAAUUCAGCUGUCAUUCUAUUCUCCAUAUAAAUCAUAUCAUCAAAUCAUUCCAUUCCCAUUCCAUCAUCCCAUCAAUCCAUCCAUCCCAUCCAUCCCAUCAAUCACCUGGUAUAUAGACAGAACAAGCCUCAUCACUUCUUAUAGACACUUUAAAAGAGGAUUCAUCCCCAACAAUAUCAACAUCAACAACCAUCCCCCUCACUUCAACUUGCCCUUCCUUUCAUUUUCUAUCAGUGUUUGUUUUUCCCUUUUUUACAGCAAAAGCGUUAUCCAUGGUUAAUCGUUAUUAAGAGUAUAUCAACUGUACAUUGGAUAAAUACUAUCAUCAACUUCAACUGCAUUCAUAUUAAUCCAAUCCAAUCAACUAUGAUCAUAACUUAUACUCAAAACAAAGUACUACGGAGUUUGAAAUCCCAAUAUUUUUCAAACGUUAUAAGGUUUGUAUCAUUUGUACUAUCAAGUCCAAGAAGAGUAAUCUUGAUUCCUUCUUUACUUAUCUUCAUUCUAUCAUAUGGCGUAGUAUAUGACUUCACCAUCAAACAAAUCAAUUCUCAAUUAGCUUAUCAAUUUGGUGGUGCUAAUUCUUUUCAAUUCAAUCAUGAUAAAUCUUAUACCAUAAUUCAUAAUUUAUUAGAUGAUUUAAAUCAUUAUUCAUCCCUUCAAAAUGAUCAAACUUUAUCAUGUUUCAUACUCUCCCGAAAAAGUGAUACCAUAUCUCAAGAUGCCACUACUGUUCUUGAUUAUUCAUUCUUUCAUAAUCUUGAUCAUUUACAAUCAAAUUUAACCCAGCAAUUCCAAUCGGAUAAUAUAACCCUAAUAUCCCCUCUUUCAGGUUGUCCUUUAAUAUUUGAAUCGAAAUAUGUUGGAGAUGCAAAAAUAAAUCGAAAUUUUAAAAGUUAUAUCAUAAGAUAUUUAAAUUAUGAAUUAAAUAAUUUAUUAACUUUUUUAUUUGUUGAUGAUAUCCGAAAAUCAAAUCAUUUAAUUAAAUAUGCUAAAACUUUAAGAAUUUUUAUCAUUCAUCCAACUAAAAUAAAGAUAGAAAAUCAUAUUACUGAUUAUUUACAACAUGAUAAUUCUAUUCAAUUAGAUAAUGUUAUUCAUACUGAUCAUAAUUCAAGUUUAAAAGGUUUUAUUCAAUAUUAUCUUAUUCAAAAUAAUGCUGCCUUUUGGAUAAGAUUAUUCAUAAGGAGUAGUAAUUGGUUGAUUUAUUCUUCAAUGAUUGCUUUCAUAUUCUAUAUCUAUUUAUCAUUAGCAAAUGCUCAUAAAAUAAGAUCAGUAAUAGGUUUAUUAAUAGGAUGGUUAGUGGCGAUAUUAAUCUCAAGUUGUGCCGCUAUAAAUGUGGUUACCACUUUACAUGGUUAUAAAUCUUGGAGAUUAAUAUUUGAACCUCUGACUCCAUUUACAAAAGGUUCUUAUAUCUUUACUAUAAUGAUAUUUUCAACCAAAAAUUUAUUCACUACUGUGAAAGUUCUUUCUGAUUCAACGACAGAAUCAGAACCUCAUAAAAGAUUAUACAAACUUUAUACUGGAUUUUAUGGUACUCCUAUAAUAUCAAAAAAUCUUUUAUUUAAUUUAAUUUGUUUAUUUGGAGUUUAUAUGGUGGGUUCAACUAUAUUAUUUAAUUAUAUUGAUGGUUAUUUUUAUACAUAUAUUAGUCAUAGAUUAUCCCUGUUAAAUCAAUCUAUUGUCAUAAGUCUUAUAUUUGAAUAUUUAUUAGAAUUAGCUUAUUUAUCCGGAAUUAUCAUCAUUGAUUUAAAAAGAUUUGAUUUAACUGAUAUAAUCAAUUAUCAUCAACAAAGUAAUAAUUCAAACCUUGAAUUCUUAGCUGAAGAAGACGAAGAAGAUAUAGAUAAAAAAGCAUUGGAUUCUGAAGGAGGGAAUUUAAUUUCAUCAUAUUUAUUACAUUCAAAAAGAGAUCCUACAUUUAAUGUUGAUAGAAAUAGUUUAAGAUAUAAAUUAGGUCAAUUUUUCUUAAGAAUUAAUUAUUCAGAAGAAUAUAAUACACCAGCAGUAUUUUUAACCUCAAUUGGGUUAAUUCAAUUGUUAGGUAUAUUCAUGCAUUGGGUUAUAAUCAUUCCUUAUAGUACUUUAAAUAAUUCAAAAGAUAUGAUAAGAUUAGGUGAAAAUAAAAUUUGGAGUAAUAAUAAUAAUUUUAUUUAUUAUUUAGAAUUAUUAUCAAUUUUAUUAUUCAUAGUGGCUCUGAGUUCAAUUGCAUUUAAUCUUACUGUUAAUAAUAAUCUGACUAGUACAAAUGGAUCUAAACCAUUGGAAAAAGCUGAUUUUGAACAAGUUAAUCGAUAUUUCAAUGCAGUUGAAUUAAAGAAAGAUACAACUCAUGGCCAUUCUUUAGAUGUCCUUAAAAUAGCCACCAAUUCCAAAACUUCAUUUGUAAUUACUGUUGGUCUUGAUAGAAAGAUUUUAAUUUGGUCACCCUUAAAUGGAUCUUCACUUUCUGAACCUAUAAAUAUCUCAUCAAAAGUUGAAUCAGGUCCAUUUGAAGGUAAAGAAUUUUGGCCUAUAAAUCAUGUAUCAAUUAGUGAUGAUGGAAGUUAUGUGAUGUUGAUUUGUUUCAAAUAUGGAUUAAUUAAAUGUUAUGAAAGAAGAGAAUUAAAUUUUAAAUGGGAAUUAGAAUUACCUACUGAAGUUAUUGAACUUAUUAAAUUAAAGAAAUUUAAAAUAUCUGAAUAUUUCUUCAGAAGAAAAACUGUACCAGGGGUGUUAGCAAGAAAAAUGCUUCUUAAAAAGGGCCAAAAGAAAAAGGGAUCAUCAACAGCAUUAGAAAGAAGAGAUAGUAAUGCAUCAAUUGCAUCAAUGAAUUCCCAAAUCAAUGGAAAUUUCCCUCCUCCACCUAUAAGUAUGAAAUCGUUUAGUGAACAACAAAGGGAAAGAAAUAGAAAUGAACCAACUUAUGAACAAAUGGAAAGAGAACUAAUUAAAGUUGAAUUUAUUCUUGUAUUAGAAUCAGGACAUCUUGUUACAUUUUCUUGUGUUGAUGGAGGUUCAAAGAUAUUGAAUUUAAUGGCUGGUAUCCAUGGACUCAAUGAAGAGAAUUUAACUGUAACUUCAGCUAAGAAAGUUACAACUCCAAGAAUUAAUGAUAGAAUUGUUUGUCAAUUAAGUAAUUCUGAUGUUAUAGUUGCUACAGUAGUAAAUAAUACUUGGAGAUUAAGAAAAUUACCCAUUGUGGAAGGUCAUUAUAAUCAAGGACCUAAUUUUGUUCAACCUGUUAAUCCAAUGUCAUCCAUGAAUAAUAAAUAUUCUCAAAAUUCGAAUGAUUUUCGAUCAGUUUAUAAUCUGAAAUUAAGUACUAUUGGAUCUGAAGUUUCGUUAAAUGUGGUUCAAGAACCUAUAAUAACCAAUAAAGAUUCUAAAUAUUCGAUAAAUAAAGCAACAGUUAUGAAUGUUGAUUUUGUGGGGAUGAUAGUUGUGGUUAAAGAUCAAGUUGCUGAAUUAGUUGAUGUUCAAAGUGGAAUUGUAUUAAAGAAAUUUAAUGUGGGAAGAUUUAAACCUAAUACGUUUAGAGUAUCUCAUCUGGAACCUACACAUUGUAAAUUUUGUGGUUGUGCAUCAAUUCAAUCAUUUUCAAUUGCAUAUGAAGAUUAUGAUACACCAACUUUAAUUGUUCAUACUUAUAAAAUUGAAUUAAAACGGUCUAAAAAUAAUAUUUGUUUAAGAGUGGAAAGAGAUCCAAGAGAAAUUAGAUGUCUUGGAUUCAAUGCUGUUACUGAGCAUCAAUAUUGGUUCAAUGGAUUAGUUGGUUGGGAGCUUACUGAUGUUAAUAUGAUUAUUGGAUUGAAACGUAAAGAUCAAACUGAUGAUGAUACUCCUACAAUUGAUGAAGAAAUUAUUAAUGAAUCUGAUAUUAAAAUGAGGAAUCAAAAUAUUGAUAAACUAAUUCAAAAUAGUGGAUUAAUGUCAUUAAGAUCACGACAUUCCAAAAAUAUAAGAGCAUAUAAUAAACUGGAUAAAUCCAAUUCUCAACUUAAACCAAUUACGGUUGAAGAUGUAUGGGAAGGAUUUAUAAUAACUUUAAUUGAUGGGAAAUUAAUUAAUUAUCAAAUUCCAUUAUCAAAUUCACUUCGGGAUACAGAAUUAAUUAUGUCAAAAAUCAAUUCGGUGGAAAAAUAUGGAUAUAAAUCAAUAAUUUUUAGUGUGGGUAGAAUAACUGAUAUAUUUUAUUUGGGAAAUGAUACAUUAAUAGAAGAUGAUUUAUAUUAUUCAGGUACUAAUGCCACUAUUGCAUCAGUAUUAGAAGAAGAUGCACAACAAAAUAAUAAAUCAAGGACAGGAAAUAACGUUAAUACGAAGUCUAAUCCACCGGUUAAUAGUGAAUUAUUAUUUAUUAAUAAGAGACGGAAAAUGAGAGAUAAACAUUUAGGUGGAAGUAGUAAUCAAAGUCAAAGUACGAGUCCGAGUCAUAGUCCUAGUCCUAGUCCUAAUCCUAAUCCUAAUCCUAGUCCAAUUCCCUCAACGGGGUAAGAAAUUCCAUACAUAUGGUUUAUGAAUGUUCUUUUUCGCCUUAAAUUGAAUUAAACUUUUGAAAGUACUGUGUAUAGUUAAACUCUUAUCACAAAUACAAUCAAACCCAAUGCAUAAUAAUAGUAAAUAAAUAAUAGUUUAUUAAAAAUAUCAGAUCAUGUCUCAACUGUUAUCCGGUAACUGUAGAGGGAGAGAGGGACUUUGAUAAAUGGCGCACUAAAA